CAUCACUUCUGUUUCUGUCUGUCUGCUUGCUUGUCUGUCUGCCUGUCUGUCUGUCAGGUGAACUGGACGGAGUUCGUGUCCCGUAACGUCAGCGGCAGCCUGAAGGUGGAGCCGGAGAGCAGCGUCCUGUACAGCAGCGCCACGGUCUUCAGCAGGGUCAGAAUCUCUUAUUUUGAAAAGCUACUCCCUGGGUCAGACACUCUUACUUUGAAAAGCUUCUCCCUGGGCUUCAUCCUGCAGCGUCUGUGGUCCCCGGUCCCAUCAUUGGAGCUGCAGGCAGUGGGCGGGGCUUAUCCUCCCAGCAGGGUGGAGGUCCACAGGUCCAUCGACGACGAGUUCACACCCUCAAUAUUCAAGGUGACCCAGUGGCUGUCCUCGGAGAACGGCAGCGCCGAGGUUCUGGGGUACCUGCAGUGGAAGCCCGUGGCGUCCCGGGGGCGGGACUCGUCUGUGGAGAACGCCACGCCGUGUCACCACUCAGCGCCUCGGCCAAUCAGCAGCGAGGACACGGCGAGGGCGUCCGGAUUGGUCCGGGCCUUCUACGCAGAACCAGAACCACAGACGGUCGGACUCAACCUGAGCUUCGGACUCGCAGGAGACCCGUUCUACAACAGCACACGGUUCCUCCGCUGGACCGUGCUGAUUGGCUCCGGCUCUCCUCCAGUCGAAUCCUUCUCCCCGCUGGUCCUCGCCAUCAUGGCGGUCGGUCUGGGAACUCCCAUGAUCCUCCUGGUUCUGGGCGGAGCCUACGUCUGCGUCCGGAAGAGGGCGGCGGCCUCGGCGGCGGCGUUGGCCUACGUGCCAAUCAACUGACGGAGGCGUUUUUUAAAGACUGUUGACGGACAGAAGAAACGUUUUGACAUCUUUGGUUCCGUCUCGUGUUCUUAAUGGAACCUCGUUGAGAUAAUGACUUUAUUUAAAUGAUUAUGUUAAAGGUACCCUCUCUGCUUAUCGUUCCUCAUGUUCAAUGAUUUGUGUUUUUAAGACUUUGACUUUGAUUAAAGAAUAUUUGAUUCAUUAA